AUUUUACAGAUGCACAAGUAUAAAUCCAAGAUGGCUUCUUUGGCUUCAGCUCCAGCAGCUGCAGUGAUUCAAACACAGCAGCAAAAGGCCUACGUCAUUUUAUUCAAGAAUAAAGGAAAUGGUCCAUUAACUGAGUGUUCAUGGUAUGCAUAUAUUGCAGAGCCCACAGAUGGAUUUUUGAAUGCUAUCACAUACUGGAAGAUGAGUGCAUCUCAAACCAGGUUUCCAACCAUCUAUGCCAUUGCAAUGGAUAUUCCGCCUAUCCAAGCCUCUGCUGUGCCCUGUGAACGUGUCUUCUCAUCUGGAAAGAUAACAGUCACAGACCGGUGUAAUAAAAUUGGUGGAUAA